UGGGAAGUGUUGGUACAAGGACGACUAUUUGAGAUUUCGUGCAUAUUUACAAUCUAUCAUCUAUGUAAUAUAACAUUUGGGUUUCCACAAAACACAAUCAGAAGGGCGGCGAGUCUUCUGUGAACAGUCUUACAAAUGUAUCCAUACCCAGAUCCAAACACACCAAAACACCAACAAACUUAUGCAUAUACCACGAGAUAAGAGUUUGAGUCCAGGUCAGGAUACCAUCAUAGGGACCUUGACCCGUGAGACGAUCUCAUACAAGUUUUUAGGCAAUCCAGAAAUCCAAAUUAGUAAUACUUGCAUGUUGCAUUAACCCGUAACAUACAUCUCAAUAUCUCAGCUGAGGAAAUUGAUAAGUUAGACAGAGAUAUCAGGUUGCAUGACAUUACCCAAUUUUUUAGAGAAAAGAGCUAGUAAAUAGUAAAACAAAGAGCUUAACAAAAAUAUAUUGACCUUGAUGGCCAUGCCAAUUUCUCAAUGAGCACAAGCCCUUUACAUGGCCGUAGUGUAGAAAUAUCUACCACAAAUCCAACUACUUUUGGUAUGAGUAUCUAAUCAUCCUGUGUAGCCCUACCAACCACUGUGAUACGAUACAACUUCACAAUAAACUAAUUGGAAAAGGGAAUGCAACAAGCAAUUUCCCAUGGCCAAUCCUAUCACCCACAUGGCUAUCAUACCAUGGAUUUGUAUUUUGGUAAAUACAUAAUAUAAGUCAAAUCAUCAUGAUAUCAAAACAUAGUCACGCACAAAAAUUACUACUUAAAUGACAUUAUUAGUCGCCAUGUCACCAACUCUAAGAAAUCACAUAUGCCCGUGGAAAAUAUAGCAUCAUCAGCAUGUGGGUCUUGAGGCCCAUUUAUCAACUGAUACAAUGUUGACAGAGGAUAUCCAACCAUAGUCUUGGAAUCUUCCCAGUGUUCCCUCUCUUGCUGAAACCAACUUAGAUCCUUCUAGGAACUCGCUUUCCAUUUAAAACAAGAUGACGAAAAGGAACUCAAACUGUCCCUCUAUAAAACGUCUUCUAAGUAUCCUCUUUUAAAAGAAAGAUUCAUCUAUUCAAUAUCCACAGCCUUUUUUGAUCUUGAGUUACUGUUUUGAGAUAACCAUCUCUGAUCCAGCUUUGAUCACAGGAAAGCUCAAUAUGACGUUCCUAGGUUGGAUGCAUCGUAAGUUGACCCACAACAGCAUGGAGCCAAAGAAGAAUUCCAUAUUAGGAAACCCUUGUGCUUGUUUUUCAGUGCAGACAUUAUUUGAUGAGCAAAACUAUUGCACAGAACCAAACAAGAAUUUGUCUCACUCGGAAACCAAAUUUCACAAGUCUCCAAACAGGUUUGGAUCUGAUGAAUUCAAAGGGCUCUUCCAAGAGGAAUUGUUUGAGCCUUUUGAAUUUCUUGCAAUUGGCACCUUUGGCAUGGAACUACACGGUACAGACCCCCCAACCCCAACACUGCCAAUGCCUUCUGAUGAUUUGACUGAUUAUAGGAUAGAGAUAUCAGAAAAUGAUCUCCAGCUAAUAAACUAUGAGCUAGAGAAGUUUCUUGAGGCUGAGGAUAAAGAGUUAGCCAACGAGACAUCUGGACGGAGUAGUCAAGCAAGCAUUAUAACCCUCAGCAAGCCGAUGGAGGGAGAAGAUUCUGAUGGUCAGACCUACUUCCCAGAUUUUCCUCUCCAAAAUUAUCUCUUAGCCAAUUCAAUUGGAGUUGCGGAGACAAAUAAUGAGACAAGGAAAGAAAAGACAUCCCUUGAAGAUCUCUUUGGUAGGAAUAGUAUAGACCAGGAUCAACCACCAAGGGAAUCCAAAGGAGCAGAACAACACUCAAGGAAAAGAAAUGUCACUUGUUUCAUGAAAAAGGUGGUAAAGAAGUUCCAUUCUUCAUCGACCAGCUCAACAGCUACUGAUGAAGCUAUUGUAUCCAUCUCAGUGAAGAAAAAACUCUCCAAGGUUCUUAAAAUGCUGCAAAGGAAGGUUCACCCUGAAGAGAUGACUGAUAAACACAUUCCCCGUAAAGAUGUCUGUAAGAUCGAAGUAGAUGAAGGAAAUAAGAUGGUUGGUUCACCACCCAGCAAAAAAAGGGGAAACACUAAGAAACUAUCUUCAGAUGAUAUCUGCAAAGGUUCUUCACCAACCAAUGGAGGGCGCUGGAUCAAGACAGAUUCUGAUUACUUGGUACUGGAGCUGUAAGGGGCUGAAACACUAAAAGCAAGACAGGCAUCCUCGUUUAAUUAGACUGUCAUGUGUGGAAGGGCAUGUAUGUUUGUGACUUUAUCCAAUAGUGAAGUCAGAAUUGGAUAGGUUAUUAAGAAAUAAACUAGGAGUUUCUCCUAGCCAGUGUGAUCUACAGUGAAGUGCUAUGGUAGCGAAUGGUAAAGCUAUUUGAUUCUCGUUCUUCUUUACAAGUAAAACUCGGUUAUCGGAAAAGAUACAAUGUUUGUACUAAAAGCUAUUCUGUUCAAUGCAUUGAGUGCUUGUGUGAGAUUAUUACA